CAGGUCAGACCAGCAUCAGUUCAAACGCCGUCAGAGCUUUCUGCUGAGGAACCUCCGUCUCGCCUCUCCUCCAGUCCAGCAUGUCUUCCCGCUCCGCCGCUCUGCUCCUCCUCAUCCUGGUGGGAACCGGGACGGCAUCCGCGCUCAACUACAUCUCCGCCAACAUUUCAAAUGCCCACAAAAAUGUUGCUCACCACCUGGAUCUGACCAGUCCCGACAUCGGCAGAAAUCCUCUCUUCGGUUUCAUCAGGGAGAACAGCAGCUGCCCGAAAAAACACAACCUGCCGCCAAAGUUCAACAAGACCCUGGACAUCUACACGCGCAUCUUCUCCGUCAUCCUGGACGACACGGCGGCCCCCGUCAUCCUGAGCUCGCUGUCGGAGAAAGCCAAGGAGGUGGUGAAGACCAGCCUGCGGUACCUCCAGAGGAAGAUGCUCGGCCUGAAGAAGAACCUGAAGGGCCACGGCUCGCACAGGACGGACGAGCCGGACGAGCUGGACAGCAUCCAGGUGGAUGACGUCACGAAUCAGAAGAAGGCGUUGGCCGAGUACAAAGAGGUCUACCAGGCUGCCAACGUCUGCUACCAUCAUGGAUACAUGCGGGCUGCUGACUCCGCCCACUCCGCCAAAUGA